ACAGAGUCAACUAAUAUUAUAACAAGGUCAUCUAAUACCAGGAAAUAAUAAUCCAUACAUAAUUAACCAGCUCAUGUUGGUGAAUGAAUAAUUUCUUAAAAAAAGAUCUCACAUUGCUUUAAAAGGUCAAUCAACUGCCUCCAUGUUCUCUUCUACUGUGGAAAAAUAUUUUUGAAUUGAAUCCAUUGGGAUUGCAUAAGAAGCUGGACGUAUUCUUUUCUCCAAGAAACGAAAAUGGCUUCCAUUCUUAGGGGAACCCUCGAGAAAUCUCAGUGGGUUCUUCAAAUCAAUGAGAUUAUUGACAGAAAUACCCUCGACGCCGCUUCACAGACCCCCAUUUCCGUCUUCCAGUUGCCGGAUUCCGUCCGCGACGGCGACCCAGAGGCGUACCUCCCCCGCCGUGUCGCGGUGGGGCCGUACCACCAUUUCCGGCCGGAGCUCUUCAAAAUGGACCUCUUCAAACUGGGCAAAGUCAAGAAUCAGAAAUGGGGCUCUCAGCUCCAUCAUCUCUUGGAUCAGAUCAAGCCAUUGGACCUCAAAAUCCGAGCCAGUUUCAAUCAAUCCCUUGAAAUGGAUGCGGAAACCUUAUCAUGGGUGUUGCUGAUUGAUGGUUUAUUUCUGCUUGAACUUCUUCAAAUUAGGUACAAUCCUCGUCCCCUCGAGCUGCCUCUAGAGAUUUUUUAUGGGAAGUUAGCGCCUGAGUUUGAGAUUGUUAGUGAUGUUCUGAAGCUUGAGAAUCAGAUUCCUCUGUUUGUCCUCAAAGAAAUUUGCCCCAAACAACCCACUAAUUAUUUGGCUCCUCUGUUUUGCCAAAUUUCUUUAUCUGUUACUCCAUUUGAGCUCCCCUGGUUUGACCCUGAAACCGAAUGUUAUCAUUUUUUCCCAAUCUACAAUCUGUGUCAACAUUUGCUGCAUUUUCUGUAUUUGAUGGUUUUGCUUACUCCAGAAAACAAGGUCGUGGAAAGUGUAAUCGGUAGUUAUACAGACAUGAACAUGAAUGCUUCUCAUUCAAUUGCUUAUUUUGCUGCUUCUUCUUCUCCUGCUGACUUCCUCAGUGAGUGCUUCAGCAUUUUGGGCUCUGUUAUUAACAUAGCCUUCAUUCAGCAACUGAAAGAGACCUUGAAUUUGAUUCUACGAUUGUUUGCACUUCUGGGUUCUAUAAGGAAGCCAAAUUUGGGUGAGAAAAAAACCCCUCGAGUCCCUUCUGCAUCAGAGUUGAAAACUGCUGGAGUGCGUUUCAAAUCCCACAAAAACGGCGUUCUGAGGUGCCGUUUCGACCCCAAAACGCUCACUUUAACUCUGCCUUGUGUUCAUCUUGAUGGGUUCUGUGGAGUAGUGCUUAAAAAUCUUGUGGCAUAUGAAGCCAUGGCGGAGCUGAAUCCGCCUUGUUUGGUCAAUUACGUUGCGCUCAUGAGUGGGUUGCUGAGAAAUUCCAAAGACUUGAAGAUUCUUGAGAAAGCAGAGAUCGUUCGCAACCAUUUGGGCAGUGAAAAGGAAGCUGUGGAGAUGUUUAAUGGCGUGGAGAAAUCCAGCUGCAGCUUGAAGAAAGAGGGCGUGUUGAAAAUCCAUAUUGGGAGUGGUGGAAGAGGAAAUGAGUUCGUUCGAAAAGUGAAGAUGAAUUAUGAUAUGGGAUUGGGGGCGAUGGUUGAGGAGAUCAAUAAAUGGUAUGGGAAGUGCUGGAGAAUGAAGAUGAAGAAAUUUGUGUCUGUUGUUUUGAGUUGUUUGGCAAUUCUUGCGGUUGUGUUCCUCAUUGUUCUUGUGAUUGCUCGAUUCAUCUGCAGUUUUAGUUUUGUUAGUUGUCCGAAGGGAAUAUUCAAAACCAGCAUUGUUCUGCAUCAGAUGUAUUGAACCUAAGAAAGAUGAUGGGAAGUAGUGUGGAAUUAUGGACGAGAAUUUCCUUUAUGGAUAUAAAUUCUAAUGGAUGAUGGCUUUGGGUUUUUGGGGUCUCUCUGGAUUUUUGACAUCGAUGUGGAUAGAAAUGAAAACUUCGGGUGCACAAAGUGGCUGAUCCUAAAUUUCUAAUAAUCAUUUGAAAGUAGAUAAGAAGUAUGAAUGUUUGUAACUAUUAGUUAUAGAUUUUUGAAACAUGUCUUCGUAACGACUUCACUUUUUGGGACUUAAACUGCUUAGAUACUACAUCCCCGUUCGUAAUCAAAGGAAUCAUUGGACAACUCAAGAGUUGUAAAACUAAUAUUC